CGCGUGGCGCCUGCCGGUGGGCGGGCAGGGGAGCGCGGCGGGCCGGGCCGGGCCGGGCCGGGCCCGGGGGCAGAGCGGGGCCCGCGGCCAGGCGGAGAUGGCGUCGCAGCCGCCGCCUCCCAAGCCCUGGGAGAACCGGCGGCUGGCGGGCACGGUGGCACCGGCCUUCCAGUCUCCUGACUUGGGUGACAAUGUGCUGACCAGACCUGGACAACCCACGGUUGCACGAAUACCUCCACCUAUUUUGCCAAGACCAUCACAGCAAGUGGGGAGCAGUAGUCUGACCGCUUUCAGGCCAGCAUAUAGUAGUUCUUUUUCUCCAGGCUAUGGUUCAUACGGAACCUCGUUUUAUGGAAGCUAUAGUCCUUACAGUUAUGGAUAUGGUGGUCUGGGUUAUAACCGCUUUCGUGCUGAUGAUAUUCCUCCCAGCAGGUUUGUUCAGCAGGCUGAAGAGAGCAGCAGAGGUGCAUUUCAGUCCAUUGAAAGCAUUGUGCAUGCGUUUGCCUCUGUCAGCAUGAUGAUGGAUGCCACCUUUUCAGCUGUGUACAACAGUUUCCGAGCUGUGCUGGAUGUCGCCAAUCACUUCUCGCGCCUCAAAGUACACUUCACAAAGGUGUUUUCAGCUUUCGCUUUGGUGAGAACUAUAAGAUACCUCUACCAACGUCUACAACGUUUACUAGGUCUGCGGACAAGCUCGGAGAACGAGGAUUUGUGGGCUGAAAGUCAGGGGACAGUAGCUCGCGUUGGGCUUGAAGACAAGGCAACUAACUCUGCAAAAUCCUGGCCCAUUUUCUUGUUCUUUGCUGUGAUAAUGGGAGGUCCCUAUCUGAUUUGGAAGCUGCUUUCUACAUACAGUGAUGAAGAAACAGUGUCUAGCAACUGGGCAAGUGGAGAAGAUGAUCAUGUAGUUGGAAGAGCAGAAUAUGAUUUUAGUGCCCUCUCAGAAGAAGAAAUUUCUUUCCGUGCUGGUGACAUGCUAAAAUUAGCACCCAAAGAACAACAACCCAAAAUCCGUGGUUGGCUUUUGGCUAGUUGUGAUGGCCAAACAACAGGACUUGUGCCAGCUAAUUACAUCAAAAUCCUGGGCAAAAGAAGAGGUAGGAGAAGAGUUGACAUGGGAGGGAUUACAGAGCAACGACCAGCCUUUACCAACACAUCUGUUAGAGGAUCCACUGCUACUGUGACUUCACAGGAGCAGGAAGCUGCUUUUGAUGCUGUUUUUGCUGGAAGUAGUAAGGUUCCUGUUGCGUCUGACUCCACUGUUGUUAGUGGAGAGAAACAGGAACUCUAAUGCACUUUCAUCAACAAAGCAAGUGAACUGUGCUUUAUUGAUAAAACUUAGUGUUUGUUGAAAAUCUGUACUGUAGUGGAACAUUGAUGGGUCUGUAUCAGUUGUUGCUGCUACUGACUGGUGAAGGGAUGGAGAAAUGACUGCUCAAACUUGUAGUAUUUAUUUUUUACUUGCCUAAGGCUGUACGUUAGUGACUCUGCCCAACCACUGGGCAGCAGUUCUAAGAUCUGGAGACGAGGAGAACUGAGACAUUUACAACAAAGCAAACAACCAAAAAAAAUAAUAGAGGGACUGCCAGCCUAUUCUUGCUAAGGAGACAAACUCUUGGUAAAAUCUGAAGAUCCAAUCUUCAUUGGAAUGUCAGCUUGACAAGUGGCCUCUUCAGUAGCUAUGCAAAGAGAAGGUAGAUUUCUGUAAGAUGUCCUCUAAAACUGGACACUGAGAAUCAUCAGACAUUAAUAGUGCAUUGUUUCCCCCUGAAGGGAGAGAGAAUUGCAAGACAUUUAGGUGACACAAUCAAAUAAUUUAAGUUUUAAGUUGCUUGCUUUUGUAAGAAGUAGGGCUUCUGUCAUAAAGACCUUAUUGCUUAGAAAAAAGGAACUUGUGAGAAAGGAGAGAGAAAUACAGUUACAAAGGAAGAGCAGUGGGGCUUCAGCAGCAGUUCUAACCUUUUUUUUAUAAAAGUAACAUAAUAAAGGGUAUCCUGCAGUCAGGUGCUUUCCAGUGCACUUGUUAAUUGUUCCUUUCUCCAGUGAGCUAAUUUUGCAUUACUCCUAGCCAUGUUGUGUUGCAGCCUGUUAACUGCCUAUCAGUCGAGCAAAUUCCAUCUGCAUCUCAACUUCUUUAUUGUUUUUAUAUGAACAUCAAAAUAUCUAUCCUGCCUUUCAGAGCAGUAGGAAAGCAUGGGGUUGGGGGAGUGGCAAAGAAAAUCUUAACACUUCUUGUUUAAUUGUCUCAGUUAUCCUGCCUUUCAGAUAGUAAAUUUUGUGUCUGCCCAUACAAUUUGAGAGCUGUGGUUUAUUAAAAGCCAUAAAAACAUUAAGACUGUUCAAAGUAUUUAGUAUUUUCUUCAUAUUGAUAUUGAGAAUUGUAUUGAAAUACUGGCUUGGGUAUUUUUAACAAUGCAAAGAUAAUUAAAACUUUUUUUCUUGUAGUAUAAAUGUAUAACAUGUUGGGCUUCUGAAGGUUAGCACAAUGGAUGAAGUAACUAAAGCUUGUCUUAAUCAUUAAAAUAGCUUUUUCUUAUUUUAAAGGUACUCAAAAACAUUAGUAAAAGUAGGGCAUGUGCCUUUGCUAAAUGAAUCUAGUAGUUUCAGUUUUACUGUUCCUACACAGAUCUUCAACACCCAUUGUUUGUUAGCAAAGCUUUCAGUAUUUAUACUUUUAAUUGCAUUUGCUGGCCUUGAGUUCUUAGAACUCUAUUCACCACAACAAAACCCUGCCGAGAAAAAUUGAAGUGAGCACAGUUUUAAUUCAGGUAGAGCAGCUGAGAAGAUGGAUGCUAUGCUGGAGCUUGUAUAAGUAAUUUCUGAAUGCCUGUUGUUGAUAACUAGAACAAGAAUUUAAGCCGUUGUCCUCAGGUAUUAGGAGGUGGUGUGAAGAAUCUUUUUUUACUAGAUUGUUAGAGGAAAAGAGUAGUUAAAAGGCAACUGAGAAACUUGAAACUAGAUUUAAAACAGCACCUUCCCGAGACAUUUCCCUGUGUACCAGGGCCUUGAAGAAAAUUACGUGUUUGGAAAUGACAUCUGUUGUUGAAAUAAAACUAGCUAACUGUCCUGAAAUAUAAAAUAUAGAGAGGAAAACAAGGGGGCAGAGGGGUGUCAAGUGUACAGUUCUGCUUACAGUGUGUAUUCAUUAAGGGAGUUAAUUCAGUGUUGUGCGAUUUAAUUAGUGGACUGUCAGCCUCCCUUGUGUCAGUGAAAUAUUUAAAUCAGAGGAAGGGUCUUUUAAAUAUAUGGAUUAAAAAACUCCAAACUUUUUGUAGUGUAUCCAUUCAAGUAGACUUCUGUUUUCCUGCUCAGAACAAGUUGGGAAGACAGGGCCAUGAUGUUUGCUGGACUCUUUAAAUCCUACUGAUUUUUAGAAAGAUGAGUUGAAUUUCACUUUGAGGUCAUACUGUUUCGAAAACAAUUCUUUUAGUAGGAGGAUAGGUUAUUAAUAACUCAACUGACUUGUCAUUUUAGUAGUUUGACUUAGUCUACCAAUUGCUAAUGUAUCUGCUGAACCUUGACAAGAAUUUUGGUCCUUUUAAUCUUGCGAUUAAUGGGAAAAGAAGGCUCUGAGAAAAUGAAGUAAGUUAUUUAACUCACAAUUAAUUGUACUGAUUGAUGAAGGGUAUUAAAAUACAUUGAAGUAAAAUAUAUACUGUGCUCAA